AUGCGCAUGAUCGUCGUAAGCUGGAUGGCCGAGGUUUCGGACGAGUUCGGGCUGCAGCCGGAGACGCUGCACCUCGGGGUGGCGCUGCUGGACCGCUUCCUGUCGGCGGCCGCGCCGCACGGCGUGCCGCGCGGCGUGCUGCAGAUGGUGGCUGUGGCGUGCAUCAUGGUGGCCGGCAAGGACUUGGAGGUGUCACACCCCACGGUGGAGCAGCUCACGGCUAUCGCGGCCAACUGCUUCACGCCCCAGGACCUGCUGCGCAUGGAGCGCGUGCUGCUGGACGCCCUGGACUUUACGGUCUGCACGCAGACCGCGUUCACCUUCCUACACCUCUUCGCCCAGGGCUUGGACUGCCUGCCAGCCCACGUCGCGGCGCUGGCCGUCUACCUGCUGGACCUCACCCUCCUCGAUUACGGCCUGCUCAGCUUCCCGCCCUCCCAGCUCGCCGCCGGCGCCCUCACCCUGGCGAUGCACACCUACGGCCUCGGCCCCGCGCCAGUGGCGGACACGCUGCGCCUCGCAGGCUACGCGCCAGCCGACAUGGCUGCGGUGUCGGGCUGCCUGCUGCACCUGCACCAGAACGCGGCCUGGUGCGGCGCGCCGUCGGCGCUGCGGCCCGAGUGGUUUGUGUGA